AGAUUUCCUUUUCUACGAUUUCUUCCAAACUCUAUCCGUGGUUGGAGGUUUACUGAUGAUUUUACUUGUUAGCCAUUGAAAAGUUUGCAAUUGAAACGUUGGUAUUAAUAGUUUGGGAGAAGCAGUAAAAUAGCAAAUUACUACCGAAAGGAAACGCCGAAGACUAAUAAAUAUUGAAUAUUUUCAAGAACAUAAAAAUUGUCAAAACCAUUCAUAUAAAAUUUACCCAUCAAGAAUGGAAUGCCAACAAAGUGAAAAAUCUUUAGAAUCAGGACUCCUCGCUAAUCAAGAAAAUAUAAAAUACAACAAAGUUGAAUUCUAUUCUUUUAUAAUGAUAGAUUUUUCCUCGAAUUAUAUUUUGUUCAUCUUUACUUCACUUCUGUAUUUAGCUCAUGUUGCUUCACUUACUCAUGUAGUAACAAUGUUAAAUAAUUUCCCAGCUCAUCUUCAUCCAAUGUCUCAAUUUGCUGCGGCUAUUACUGCGGCUAUUACUGCUUGUAAUACUGAAUCUGCUUUUGCUAAAGCAUACUCUGAAGGUGUUCACAAAUCAAAGUACUGGGAAUACACUUUUGACGAUGCAAUGAGUUUAAUCGCUAAACUGCCAACAAUUGCUGCCACUAUUUACCGAAAUCUUUAUAGAGAUGGUUCAUCAAUAGGUGCUAUUGAUCCCAACAAGGAUUGGUCAGCUAAUUUCGUUGAUAUGUUAGGAUUCAAGGAUGAAAAACUUACUGAUUUUAUAAGAUUAUUCCUCACUUUUCUUAGUGAACUUUCAUCUUAUAUCUGCUGUUUCGACAUACAAAAGAGUUGAAAAUACCGAAAGAGCUGACUGAGUAAUUGACUGAGUUUGGGAAAGUUAAGGGCAUCAGUCCUUAAAUCCAGUAAUUUAAACUUAAUGAAUCCAUUUUUGUGCUCAUAAAGUUAUUUCAUAGUCUACAUCAAAAUCAAAGUCACAAUAA